CCACGUGGCCGGCUAGCAAAAUUGAGAAAAGGGGCGGGGUCGCGGGGAGGAGGUAAUAUCAGAUGUCGUCACGUUCUCGUCGCUGGCUGCGUUCCUAGUCCUCGUCGUCUUCCUGCGGGGCCUCUACCUCACAGUUUCCAGUUACUUGUGGCGAGACGCGGGACGAAGACCCUCCGUCCGCUAUCGUAAGGACUCUCGUCGUUCAUUCCUUUGAUGAGGGGUUAAUGGGAUCACAUGAUGAAGAGCCAGAAUGUGAUGUGGGGUCUGAUGACCGUCUCUCCAGCACCCACCCACCAGGAGUCUUCCCAGCUCUGAUACAGUGUCAAGGACUGGAGUCUCCUUUAGUGCCUGAAUGGUCAUCAACUAUAGCUUCCUUUGAUCGAACAAAUAUAGGUUACACUAUGCCCACGAGACGGCAUACACUACGAGUGCGCAGCAGAGUAGUGGUGGGUGUA